GUUGACGCUCCCGUACUCGCUCAGAAUCGAUUCUGCAGCUUGCGCGAAACAUACUGACAAUUCAUUAUCUUGGGGCCGUCGGAGCGACUACAUUGCUAAAAAAAAAUCCCACCCUGGAUCAGGAAUGCCCGAAGUCUUAAACAGUUGAAGGAGGGUACGGCUCAAUACCGGGAGUUAGUCGAGAUGUUCGGACAUCACCGAGAGUUGCUACGAAGAAAAGUUAGUCCUGAAGAGAUCCAGCUGCUGGUCCGUUCAGGCGUUUCUCCUAAACUGCAGGACCAAGAGGCGCCAGUGACACGCCUCAUCAAGGAGGAGGAGGAGGAAGAUGGGGAGCACGAGGAGGAGCAACUUCAGGUGCUGGAGGAGGCAGAUGAAUGCAAAGUACCAUUCACGAUUGUUACAAUAAAGACUGAAGAUGAAGAAGAUGAUGCUCAAUACUCACAGCUUUAUUCAACUGAGGAGAGGCCAGAUCCUCACACAUGCAACUCGACUCAACUAAAAGAAGAAGAUGGAUGUGAUUAUGGACAAACCGAGAGAAACUCUCAUCUAUGUCACCCUCCCACUGACCACGAGACGACUCAGUCUUCAGAUUGCGAAACUGAAGACAGUGAAGACUGGAGCAAAUCCACUGAUCCCCUGCUAGAUUCUGUGAUGAUGGCUAAAGUAAAGCACUGUUGCACAGAUUGUGGACUAUUGUUUAGAUCAGAAAGCCAUCUGAUGGACCACAUUAGGAGUCACACUGGGCCGAAACCAUUUAGUUGCUCCGUUUGUAAUAAAGCGUUCUCCCGUCAUAAUACGUUACUGAACCACAUGGGGACGCACACCGGAGAGAAAAAGUACAGCUGCAGUGUUUGUGAAAGGAGAUUCACUUGGCCUACACAGUUAACAAACCACCAGUGUGUUGAUGUGAACAACCCCACUGUAAAAAAGGGUUUUGUUUGUUCUGAAUGUGGGAAAGUGUAUAGCUCCCAGCAAACUCUGCAUACUCACAAGAAAAUCCACACGGGAGAAAAACCAUUCAUUUGUUCUGAAUGUGGGAAAAGAUUUGGCUUUAAGGGUGAUCUGACAAAACACCUGCUAAUUCAUUCAGAACCGCAGCAUGUUUGUUCCGUUUGUAACAAACGCUUUACUUUGAAAGUGGCUUGUGAUCGUCAUUUCCGAAGAGUUCACAACCAAGAGAAACCAUUCAACUGCUCAGUUUGUGACAAAAAUUUUGUGGACCACAGCUCCCUGAAGUGCCAUAUGAGAACGCACACCGGAGAGAAGCCUUUUACUUGCUCAGUUUGUUGUCAGAGUUUCCGUAUUGUCGCAGAUCUAAAGAAUCACAUGCGAAAACACACUGGCGAGAAACCCUAUGCAUGUUCUUUUUGUCAGAAGUGUUUCAGAUUGAGAUCUGAUCUAAUUGUACACAUAAGAAUACACACAGGAGAGAAACCUUAUGUUUGCUCUGUGUGCAAUAAAGCUUUCUCAGCUAGUGGAAACCUAAACAGUCACAAGAAAAAAUGCUGUGAUAAAUCGGUUUGAGUCUUUGCUUGUCCUUAUGAUCUAAUGUAAUGGCAACACCGGAGUGUGUGAGGGUGAACUUCUGAAAAUAAUCAUAAUAAUUAUACAUUUUGGACUUAAUCCAUGGUAACUCAUGGUUUGAGAGUUAUCUACAGUGUUAGUAAGAUGAAACGUCGCCUUACCUCAAGUGUGGUUUGUUUUUCAUUUUUUUAUUUUUAUAUCAACCAGCAGGUCCAAGCUAAUUGAUAUUUGUCAUCCACUGAAACUGUGAGGGAUGCACAGGCACAACUUUUUUUUUAUUUUUUUAAAGGAGCUGUUUGACUGAAACAGCCAUUUUCCAAACUUUAACUUGAAAUUACAAACAUUAAAAAUGUUAUUUGGAUGUGAAGCUUCUCUUGCUUCAGGACAAGUGGCUCAAUGUCAGAAGCUUGAAGAGAAGGUGACACUACAUCACGUUCCUCAUCUAGACAUUCCCACCUCCCCUGCAGUCAUUGUAAGCUUUGUGUAAAUAAGAUAAUAUUGAGCCUCAGUGUCUGUAUGACUUUUAUUUUUUUUAAGUUUCGUUUGAAAAUGUGAACUGCUGUGUUGGUAAAAAUUAAAUAA